AGGAGGCAGAAACUGAAUGAGAGGGACAAAGCUUAGCGGUCUUGGAGGAGAGGAGGAUACUCAAAGAAAAACUACAGACCUGAACCGCAGCAGCACUUGCCUCUCUCUCUCUCUGUACGCUUAUGGCUUCUGGGCUUUCUCAGUCGUAAUCUCCUGGUUGUGUGAUAAAGCGCUCGAGUGGAGGUAACGGGUCCUGAACAUGAGGCGGCUGAAGGAGACUGCGCUCUGCGCGAUAGUGCCGCUGCUUCUCUCUCUGUGCACAACGACGCAUGCAGCUAAUCUGAUCAAUGUAUUACGGGUACUGGAGCUGUCUGAAGACAUGGAGGGAGUGUCAGUGGAGGCCGGCCUGUGCAUCGAAAGAAAGGACACAUCAGAAACAGACAUGGCUUACAGGAUAGACAAAAAGAUUCAACUCAGUGCCCCAACUAAACAAUUCUUUCCAGAUUCUGCUUUCCCUGAGAACUUCUCUCUGAUGACCACUGUCAAGGCUAAGAAAAACUCUCAAUUCUUCCUGGUGUCUUUGUAUGAUGAGCAGGGAGUCCAACAGCUGGGGCUGGAGAUGGGCCGAUCACCUGUAUUCCUCUAUGAAGACCACCAAGGCCAGCCAGCUCCAGAUCUCUACCCCAUUUUUAAGAAAAUCAAUCUGGCUGAUGGGAAAUGGCAUCGAAUAGCCUACAGAGUGGAGGGCAAGUCUGUUACACUGUACCUGGACUGUAAGAAGGUGCAGACGCUGGAAUUGAUGCGUGGAGACAGCCCUGUGGUCAGCACGGAUGGAGUCGUUGUUUUUGGGACGCGGUUGCUAGAUGAGGAAGUAUUUGAGGGUGAGAUCCAGCAGCUCUUGCUCGUGGAUGAUCCUCAGGCUGCGGCUGACUACUGCCAAGAUUACAUUCCCGAUUGUGACAGCCCGUUGCCCAACAGUACCCAGAGUCUGGCUCCUGAAGAGGCCAAACCCAUCCAUAACCUUGAUGACAUAAUGCAGGAAGACGAACCAGUGGAACCAAAGAAACGCUCAAAAAAAGACCGCAAAGGCAAAAAGAACAAGAAAAAGAGAGAUAAGAAAGGCAAAAAAGAAUCCCGUAAGAAGAAAAAGGAAGCUGAAGCUCUUGAAGAAGGUUUUCUUGAGGUGUCCUCUAAGCUGCCGGAGUAUUUGGUUCAAGAACCUCAUCGAAGAACUUUACCAGCUGCAACAGAGCAGCCAAAUCCACCUGUGACAGAGCAGCCCAAGUCACCAGUACAAUCAUCUCCAACAACAACGGUCAAUCUGAUGGACUCCAUACCCGACAUGCCCACUCACGAACCUGACACCUAUCAGGGCGAACUCACCAUAGCCAUUACAAAGCCUGUGACAGAUCAUGAGGACCAGUCAGUGUUGGCAACAGCAGUUUCUGAGUCCCCAAAUAUGGAGGUGGAGGAAGAGAGGCCGAUUAAAACGCCAGAGGUUGAGGAGUUUAGUGAUGACCUUUAUAGUGAUGAACACAAUGAGCUCUUGGUCUCCACAGUGACAGUUGGGCCCAAUAUCACAGACUAUGAGAUCUCGGAGAAUGAUGAGUUUCAAAAUGGCUCGAACAGCUUUGAACAGGAAUAUGAGGAAUAUGAGGUUUAUGAGGACCGAUUUGACCCAGCGGAGAGGGAAAUGCCGGGCACAUGGGAUGGAGAGGGCAGGCGAUUUGACAAAGGACAGAAGGGAGAGCCAGCUGUUGUUGAACCAGGCACAUAUUUUCAAGGACCUCCUGGCCCACCAGGACCACAAGGUCUUCCAGGAAUCCUUGGCAUCACAGGACCCCCGGGACCCAGCGGAGACCCAGGUGAUAUGGGUCCUGAGGGACGUCCAGGGCUGCCUGGCGCUGAUGGGAUACCAGGUCCUCCAGGCACUUUGCUUAUGUUACCUUUCCAGUAUGGAGGAGACUCUCAGAAGGGACCUGUGAUAUCUGCUCAAGAGGCGCAGGCUCAAGCCAUCUUACAACAGACCAAACUAUCAUUGAAGGGCCCUCCAGGUCCAUUAGGUCUCACAGGGAGGCCAGGCCCAGUGGGUCUUCCAGGUCCCAGUGGACUAAAAGGCGACAGUGGAGAGCCUGGGCCUCUGGGGCCACGUGGGUUGCCAGGCCCUGCUGGUCUUAAUGGGAAACCAGGGAAGAGGGGCCGAUCAGGGGCAGAUGGAGGUCGAGGGGCUCCUGGAGAGACAGGAGCAAAGGGUGACAGGGGCUUUGAUGGGCUACCUGGUCUUCCAGGGAACAAAGGACAUCGAGGAGACCGGGGAAAACCAGGACCCCAAGGUCCACCUGGAGAGCCCGGUCAUAAGGGUUCGGAUGGACCUGUUGGACCAAGAGGGCAACCGGGAGAACCUGGGCUAAGAGGACUUGUGGGGUCAAGAGGGCCACCUGGUCCACCAGGGCAGCAAGGAAUUCAAGGAGUCAAUGGUGUUCAAGGGGCAAAGGGCAACUUGGGACCACCUGGUGAAUCUGGACCUCCAGGUCAACAGGGGAACCCAGGCAUACAGGGCUUCCCUGGUCCACAGGGACCUAUAGGCCUGCCAGGAGAGAAGGGCCCUGAGGGCAAACCUGGAAUGCAGGGCCUUCCUGGAAUUGAUGGUCCUCUUGGUCAUCCUGGAAGAGAGGGACCCCCUGGGGAGAAGGGACACCAGGGUUUAUCAGGAGCACAAGGGCCGGUUGGAUAUCCCGGGCCCCGUGGAGUCAAGGGUGCAGAUGGGGUGAGGGGACUGAAGGGUAGCAAGGGGGAGAAGGGUGAAGAUGGUUUCCCAGGGGCCAAGGGUGACAUGGGUAUCAAGGGAGACAGAGGUGAUACUGGGGCUCCUGGAAAUCGUGGUGAAGAUGGACCAGAGGGGCUGAAGGGUCAGUCAGGACCCAUGGGAGAGCCCGGAUCUGCAGGCAUUGCUGGAGAAAAGGGCAAACUUGGAGUUCCAGGAUUGCCUGGAUAUCCCGGCAGGCAAGGCUCUAAGGGAUCGGUGGGCUUUCCUGGAACAGCUGGGGUGGAAGGAGAGAAAGGAAAGAGGGGUCCGGCUGGACAGACUGGUCCCGAUGGUGAAAGAGGUCCAAAUGGUGCACGUGGGGGAAGAGGAGCAAGAGGACCGACAGGAAAGCCUGGAGCCAAGGGCUCUGCUGGUCAUGACGGUCCACAAGGUGCCGCAGGAGAGAGAGGCCCUCAAGGUCCACAAGGACGCAAUGGAGAGGCCGGGCCAAAGGGACCAAACGGCCCUCCAGGAAAGGACGGGUUGCCAGGUCACCCAGGCCAACGGGGAGAGCCAGGAUUUCAAGGAAAGACUGGUCCCCCCGGGCCUGCUGGAGUGAUUGGCCCACAGGGAAAAACUGGGGAGACUGGCCCCACUGGAGACAGGGGACAUCCGGGUGCCCCAGGACCCCCUGGAGAGCAAGGUCUACCAGGAGUCACAGGCAAAGAGGGAGCCAAGGGAGAUCCAGGCCCCGCAGGGCUGCCCGGGAAGAGUGGUCCUGCUGGGCUCCGUGGAUUCAGAGGAGAAAGAGGCUUACCUGGCACUCUGGGUACUGCUGGUCUGAAGGGUGGGGAGGGCCCCCCUGGUGUUGCAGGACCAAUUGGUGCCACAGGAGAAAGAGGACCCGCUGGACCUGCAGGUGCCAUUGGUCAGCCUGGUCAUACGGGAGGUGUUGGCCCCCCUGGGCCAAUGGGAGAGAAGGGCGACCCGGGUGAGAAAGGUUCAUUUGGUCCUGCUGGGCGAGAUGGAGAACAAGGGCCUGUGGGAUUACCUGGUCCUGCAGGGUCACCUGGUCCACCUGGAGAGGACGGAGAUAAGGGGGAGACAGGAGGACCAGGGCAGAAAGGCAGCAAAGGAGACAAGGGAGAGGGGGGUCCCUCAGGGCCACCUGGAAGCCAAGGACCUCCUGGACAUCCAGGAGCACCAGGUCUGGAUGGAGAGCCAGGGCCCCAGGGACAGCAAGGAAUGUACGGCCCUAAAGGAGAUGAAGGUCCUCGCGGUUUUAAAGGGGCAAAUGGACCACCAGGUUUGCAGGGAAUGCCAGGACCCCCAGGAGAGAAGGGAGAGAGUGGCCAUGUUGGAGCUAUGGGCCCUCCAGGACAAGAUGGCCCACGUGGCCCCCAGGGACCCAUUGGGGGAGAGGGUUCUCAGGGCAUGCCGGGCGGAGUGGGCCAGCCAGGAAUGGUGGGAGAAAAGGGUGAGGAUGGAGAAGCAGGGAAUCCAGGAAAUGUGGGCGAAACUGGCCCCCCUGGAGAGAAAGGUGAAGUGGGUGAGAAGGGUGAUACUGGCCCCCCUGGAGCUGCAGGACCCCCAGGAAUCAGAGGCACACCUGGAUCAGAUGGACCCAAAGGAAACCCAGGUCCCCUUGGAUUUCCUGGAGAUGCGGGACCCCCUGGAGAGUCAGGUGCUAAUGGUAUUGAUGGUGGUCCAGGAGCUAAAGGGGAUAAUGGCGAACCUGGUAAAGCUGGACCCCCAGGAGCCUCAGGAGAGCCUGGCCCUCAAGGGCCACCUGGACGGAGGGGUCAUGUAGGUCCUGAGGGAAAAGAAGGGAAACAGGGAAAAAAGGGGGCAAAGGGUUCUGCUGGUGCAGAGGGUCCAAUGGGAAAAACAGGGCCUGUCGGACCACAGGGACACCCUGGAAACCCUGGUCCAGAGGGUUUGCGUGGGAUUCCAGGCUCUGCUGGAGAGCAAGGCUUAAAUGGGCCCCCAGGGCAAACGGGACCCCCAGGACCUAUGGGUCCAGCUGGAUUACCAGGACUGAAAGGAGAUCCCGGCAUUAAAGGAGAUAAGGGUCAUGUUGGGCUGAUUGGACUUAUUGGACCACCAGGAGAAAUGGGAGAGAAAGGAGAUCGAGGCCUGCCAGGAAAUCAGGGAGUACAAGGCCCCAAAGGAGAUGGUGGUGUUUCUGGUCCCUCUGGCCCGACUGGUCCACCUGGACCCCCCGGGUUGUCUGGUGCAAUAGGUGAGAAAGGAUCUAAAGGAGACCAGGGAGCUUUCGGUGCAAGAGGAGAUCCAGGACCUGCUGGCCCACCUGGACUACCUGGCCCACCAGCCACCAUGAUCGAGCCUCUGCCAAUCAGAGAGGGACAUAAAAAGCGAAGACGACACUCAAACCGACAAGGAGCCAGAGUCAGGGAAGAGAGUGAGGAUGAGGAAGCAGUCCAGCUCAACAUGGAGGAUUUCCUACAGGCAGACGAGUCCCUGGAUGACCCAGAAGGCAUGGAGGAGGUGUUCGCUUCACUCAACUCAAUGAAAACAGAGGUGGAGCUCAUGAGAAAACCACUCGGGACCUUCGAGAGUCCUGCCCGCACAUGCAAGGAGCUGAUGUUGUGCCAUCCAGAAUACAAAGAUGGUGAAUAUUGGAUCGACCCAAACCAAGGCUGCCAUCGAGACUCCAUUAAGGUUUUCUGCAACUUCACUGCGGAGGGGGAGACCUGUCUGCACCCUGAUAAACGAUUUGAAAUGGUAAAGCUGGCCGCCUGGAAUAAAGAAAAACCGGGCAGUUGGUACAGCCAGUACAGAAAGGGCAAACAGUUCUUCUAUAUUGACACUGAUGGAAAUCCAGUGCCUGUGGUCCAGAUGACCUUCCUGAAGCUCCUCAGUGCCACAGCUACGCAGCCCUUCACCUAUAGCUGCCAGAACUCCGUCGGCUGGUACGACGUGGUGAGCCACAGCCAUCAACAUGCCGUACGGUUCCGCGGCAGCAACGACGAGGAAAUGACGCAAGCCAAAUCGCCCUUUAUCACAUCACUGCAUGAUGGUUGUCAGACACAUAAGGGUCAAGAGAGAACCGUGCUGCAGAUUGACUCGCCGCGAUCAGAGCUUCUUCCGGUCAUAGAUGUAGCAGUAUCAGACUUUGGGAAUAACAACCAGAAGUUUGGCUUCCAUGUUGGACCAGUGUGUUUUAAUGGCUAACACAGAGCGCCUCAUCACAGGACUCGCCAGCUAAAGAAACGAGGCCACCAGUGAUAUUUAUUAAGUAAUAUGUAGAGGGUGGGUUUGUGGCAUGUUUCCAAAUGACUUUUGAACAUCUGAUGAGUUGCAAAAGCCCACAAAUCCAUGGUGGCUAUGCAAGGAUGCCAACCAGGACAAACUAAGCACAUUUAUCAAAGAGAAGUCUUUUUUAUCUCCUUUUCUGUCUGUCUUUAUACUGUACUCACCUGUGGAUAAAAUUAUGAGGCGUGACCCACUAGAGUUCCCAGAACUGCUCCAGCUGAAAAACAAAUACAUCGUUUGUCUGUCAUCUGCGCCACAGACCGUUUUAGCCCACAGUAUAUAUGUUGAAUUUACAGCCUGUGACUGGGAUCUCAUAUUUGUUUGUCUCAUUUGAUAGCAAUGAUUUGAAAUUAAUUUGCCACUUGAGGGAUCAGCUUCGACAUUGAAGAGUAAAUAUUUCCGAGACCCACUUUCCUGCCUUGACUGCAAUAUGAUGCCAACUGAGGCAAUGUUAUACCUCUUUACUUGUUUGACAAGAAAAUACCGCCCCGAUCUGUUUGUAAUUCCUCGCUUGGAUAUUCCCUGUCGCAUCAAACUUGCAGUGUUACUCAUCUUUAAUCAGUGCACGCUCAUACAUAAACAAUGCUAAAUAAGGCCCAAGCUUUUCAAAACGCAAAGCAGUUUAUGUGCAUGACUCAAAUGGAGCCCAGAUGUUUAUUUAUAUGUAAAGUAGUCCGCUCACUUAAGCUGCUUGUCUUGUUAGCAGGCAGCCUAGUAUGUUUGCCUGUCAGUGAUCCAUGUUUCCAUGGCGCUAGCGUAUCAACCUUUGCUCCACACAGCUGAAUUGCUUCAUAUAUGUGUGGUAAUGAAUGAAAAAUACUGUGUCGGAUUGAGAGAGGGGUGUCAUACGAGCAUUACACUGAAGACUGACUAAAUUAUGCUUCUUUUUAAUGUAAAUUCAUUCAUAUCUGAAUAUGUGAUUACCAAGUUCCUGAUCAUCAACCUCAGAGGAUUGUGUGCUGUGUAUGUGUGUUGAUAUGUCUUGUUUGUUGCGUGUUCCCACUGUGGUGCUAAAGCGAUUUGUUUUUUUUGCAAUGUGUAAUGAUAAUUUGUUGUCUCAGGGGCAGAGGUAGGAAAAGGGAAGACAUCUGUGGUGCUUAAUACUAAUGGAGGGAGAUAAACACUCUCAGAAAACAAAGUGCUGUAAUAUACAGCCAAUAUGGUGCAAAAUAUAUUUGUAAAGAGCAGGCUUGCCGAUGAUGUAAUGCUGAUAUCUAUAUAAUAUAUUGGCAAAUUAUACAGACGUACACAAAAUUGCUAAGAGUAAAUGCAUUUUAUACAAUGUUUACUCAAAAC